AUGCUCUUGGGAAAGGGCCACAGUCCUCUUGUUGGCCCGUCAGUCCCCCGGUUCGAAUCUACCAGAGACAACACUGCCUGUAUAGACCAAACAAAUUCUCCGACCCCGGGACCCCGACGCACGACAGCGAUGGGUGCCGUCGGUUCGCCGAGGGGAGCGUCUCCUCCCCGGGAAGCCGGGAUAUGGAGUCCAUAG